UUCAGCUCAUCAGGGCAGAUUAAAAAAUUGCAUCAGUCAGCAGCACCUAUUGUUUCUUUGUAAGUUAAUUUGUUGUUAGUUGAUGUAAUUAACUUUGGAUGAGCGGGCGGAGCAUUAAUUAAUUUGAUAUUCCCAGAGUGAAGGUUGUGCAUUUUGGAGCUCCAUAUCAGACACUUGGCUAAUCUUUCUGAACUUUGAUCUGGGAUCCUUAGUUGGACACAGGGCAACAAACUCGUCUAUCUCAGGCUUGGCCUGAUCGCUUCAUCUUUCAGUCACCUUCAGCUCUGCAGCAGACGUGUGUCUGAACAUGGACCCGAGUACCGUUCUCUUGCUCCCAGUACGUGUAGUAGUGUGGCUCUACUCUGUCUUGAGCUUUCUACCAUGGUACUUCCUGACGGGAGCUCAGAAAAAGAAAGCCCUGGCAAAGAGGGUGAAAUCAAAAUCGACGACCGGUCAGUCUGAAGGGCCGUAUCGUUCCGUGGAUCGCUUCGACUCCCUGGUCACGGAGGACUUCGCUGGAAAAGACACCCUUGAUAAGCUGUUUAACUAUGCGGUGGAGCGUUUCAGUAAAGCGGACUGCCUGGGAACCAGAGAAGUUUUGAGCGAAGAAAAUGAGAUUCAGCCAAGUGGGAAGGUCUUCAAAAAGUUAAUUCUUGGAAAUUAUAAAUGGCUGUCCUAUGAGGAGAUUGACACUCAGGUCAGUCAGUUUGGGAGUGGACUGGCAGCACUAGGCCAACAGCCAAGAAGCACCAUUGCAGUCUUCUGUGAGACACGGGCAGAGUGGAUGAUCACGGCUCAGGCCUGCUUCAGGCGCAAUUUCCCAUUGGUCACCUUUUACGCAACUCUAGGAGAAGAGGCAGUUGCUUUCGGGUUGAAUGAGUGUGGAGCUACGCACCUGGUCACCAGCAUGGAAUUGCUGGAAACCAAACUGAAGAGUGUUCUUCCACAAAUCCCCAGACUGAAGCACGUCAUCUAUGUGGACAGGAAGAGCAUCAGCACAGCGGGAUAUCCACAGAACAUUCAGAUCCACAGCAUGCACUCUGUGCAAGAGCUGGGAGCCAAGCCAGAAAACCUGAGCAGACCCAUACUGAAGCCUGUCCCGUCAGACCUCGCUGUUAUUAUGUACACCAGCGGCUCCACCGGUAGACCCAAAGGGGUGAUGAUCAUUCACAGUAACCUGAUCGGGGGCAUGGCAGGACAGUGCGAGAGGAUACCUGGAUUAGGACCAAAGGAUACGUAUAUUGCCUACCUUCCUCUUGCUCAUGUGCUGGAAAUGACGGCUGAGAUCUCGUGUGUCACGUACGGCUGCAGGAUUGGCUAUUCUUCACCACAAACACUGUCUGAUCAGUCAACUAAAAUUAAGAAGGGAAGUAAAGGUGACUGCACCGUGCUGAAACCUUCUCUAAUGGCCGCCGUACCUGAAAUAAUGGACCGGAUCAAUAAGAACGUAAUGAGCAAAGUGCAGGAGAUGAACUGCGUGCAGAGAACCCUGUUCAAUCUGGCCUACGACUACAAGCUCGAGCAGAUCAAGAAGGGUUACGACGCGCCCCUGUGCAAUAUUUUGUUUAAGAAAGUCAGAGCUCUGCUGGGUGGAAAUGUACGGAUGAUGCUGUCCGGAGGAGCCCCUCUGUCUCCCGCCACGCAGCGCUUCAUGAACAUCUGCUUCUGCUGUCCUGUUGGUCAGGGUUACGGUCUUACUGAGACCUGUGGAGCGGGAACUAUAACAGAGGUUGCUGACUACAGCACAGGACGAGUUGGAGCUCCUCUGAUCUGCUGUGAGGUCAAACUCAAAGACUGGGCAGAAGGUGGCUAUACGAAGCAUGACAAGCCUCAUCCACGCGGUGAGAUCCUCAUCGGAGGUCCUAAUGUGACCAUGGGCUACAACAGGACCGAUGGCUGUAAUAAUGAGGACUUCUUCGUGGAUGAGAACGGUCAGCGGUGGUUCUGCACUGGUGAUAUCGGAGAGGUGCACCCUGACGGCUGUCUCCAGAUUGUCGAUCGUAAGAAGGACCUUGUGAAACUACAAGCUGGAGAGUACGUCUCUUUAGGCAAAGUUGAAUCAGCUCUGAAGAACUGCUCUCUCAUUGACAACAUCUGCGCUUACGCAAACAGUGACCAGAACUACGUUAUCAGCUUCAUUGUUCCUAAUCAAAAGAAGCUGACAGCUCUUGCCAAUCAAAAGGGCAUUGAGGGCACAUGGGAGGAGAUUUGCAAUCACCCAGUUAUGGAAAGGGAAGUUCUAAGAGAAAUUAAAGAAGUUGCAACUUCAAUUAAACUCCAGCGCUUUGAGAUACCAGUUAUGGUCCAUCUGAGCCCAGAGCCUUGGACCCCUGAAACAGGCCUGGUGACAGACGCAUUCAAACUGAAGAGGAAAGAACUGAAGAACCACUAUCUCAACGACAUCGAAAGAAUGUAUGGCCACAAGUAGGACCACUUUCACAGCCAAAGACGUCUUCAUCAGCUCCUCGCCGUGCGACAUUGCUGUAUUUCAAUAAAUGUUAAACACCUAUUGCCACAACUUCCACCACUGCCCACUGCUUAGUGAUGCGCACAAAUUUUCAAAAACGAACAAUGUAUAUGUGUUUUUAUUCAUGAGCUUUGUGGGCUUUUCAUUCAGAGCUCUGUAGUCUUUCUGCUGUGAAAAUAGUUUACAAUUGAGGUUGUAGCUGAUUAGCUUGAGAGCUGUUGGGUAAAGGACGGUAUUCAUCUUAUCCAGCAUAAAGCAUCCACUAAUUUCUCUUUUUAGUAUAAAAAAAAAGAGUCACUUGUGAAAAGGAUUUCAUCCAUACAACAGCGAUAUACUGCCAUCACUUUGCGCUUUCUCUUUCUUUUUGAACGGGUGAAAUUCUUUUGUUUGUAAAAAAAAAUGUACACUUUGUUUGGAUGAAUAGAAUUUGAGAACACAGGCCGCUAGCUGAGGUGAAGUCUUUGCACUGCGGAACUCCGCCUCCUCGUAGACGCAAGUAACACGUAGUGAUGUUUCUGUGCCUUCUGAUUGGUCACCGUUUUAAACGUCAAUUCCUUAUCGGCUGCAAACGUAGAAUUCGAUUCCUGUGCUUAACUCAUGCAGUGCAUUAGGAGUUAGUCUUCAUAAUGGUUGGAAAACAUGUUUUUUAUACACUUGUGAGAUUUGUUUUUUUUUUUCUCUCUUGUUACGAAAAUGUCACUGAAUUGCAAUGUUUUGAAAUACUAAUUGAUACAUUUGAUAGUAAAUGCAUGCUCAUGGAUUGACUCAGGACGGGUUGAGAUGACUGGCAAGUGGUUUAUUGCUCAUUCUACCUGUUUGUUAGAGUAACUCAAAUGAAGGGAACAUUUUUUUAGAAAUUGUUUUUCCCUCUCAAGCCAGAGGUAAAGUUUGUAUUACGUAUGUGCGAUCUUUUCAUACCACUCAUUUUACUGUUAACAGUGUCUGAUUGUCUGCAGGCUUUUAAUAUAUUUGGUAACGUGUCAUUAAACCAGUCUUCAAUGCUUCAUCUACAAAGCUGAAAAGGAACAAAAAGAAAGCGUUUAGAAGUUCAAACAAAGAACAUGAAUUUCCAAGUUGAGGAACCCUUGUCAGUCGGUGAAUAUUGUAUUCUGUAUUUUAAUUUAUUUGGUCAAACCUAGACAUUUCAUUUGAACCCUCGUUGAAUUUAUGUUGGGGUUUUUUAUUUCACGAUCUGUACAGGCACUGUAACUUUGUUAACCCUUCGGUUACCAAACGUCUCGUUCUAGAAAGUGUUUUAUUUAUAAUUGUUUUGUCAUUUGCACUAUUCUUUUCGUCAGGGAUUUUUAGCCAUCGUUAACUGAAUAGCCAUUAAGCCAACAAAUUCAGCAGUUUCUACCCCACCCCGCAGCCCUCAGGGUUCCAGUCACCACAAACCAGACUCUACAGCAGUCAAAUGUUUGCAUUGAGAAAUCGUGUAUUCGCUUGUAGAAUGUUCUAUGAUGCUUAUUUAUUGUGGUUCACUGUACGUUUUAUUUGCCGAGGACAAGUAAAGUCGUUUUCUACUCAAA